AUGCAUCGGCGUGGACUGGAGGGGCGCGAGAGGAUUCUUGGACCAGACCACCCAGACACCCUGUCAAGUAUCCACAACCUGGCUAAUACGCUGCGAGACCAAGGAAAGUACGAU